UGCCGCUGCGUUUGCUGCGGGGGCGCGUCUCCGGACGGCCCCGCGUGUGGUUAUCAGAGCGGCGCGUGAAGCGGGCCUGUGCUUCGUUUCCGCGGCCGCUGUCGGCGAGGUGGUGAGCCUCCCGGCGCGAGCGUCCUAAGUUUGCGCCAUGGAGGUGGUGGAGGCCUCCGCCGCUCAGCUGCAGACACUGAAAUUCGGUGGCACCGGCGUCGGAAUUGGCCAGGAGGUGGCCGCGCCGGCCCCCGACCCCGCUCCGGUCGCAGCGCCGCCGGUGGCCCAGGGGGCCCCGGAGUCUGCGGGCGAACCGUCUCCUCAGCUCCUGCCGCCGUCGCUCCCGGGGCCGCCUCUGGAAGGGAACGGCCUGGAGACGUCGGACUCGGACUCCGACUCAGAUUCGGACUCGGACAGUGAAACAGAUUCCGAUAGUUCAAGCUCCUCCUCUUCCUCAUCAUCGUCCUCAUCGUCUUCCUCUCGUAUGUCCCUUCCUCCAGUUCUGUCAGAUGGAGAAGAUGACUUACUAGUUGAGAAGGAAAAUAAGAAUUUUCCUCUUAAAACAAAAGAUGAGUUACUUCUUAGUGAACUACCUUCUGUUGAAGAACUCACUAUUGUUCUGCCUGAAGAUAUUGAAUUAAAGCCUCUUGGGAUGGUUUCAAGUAUUAUUGAACAAUUAGUAAUAAUUGAAUCUAUGACUAAUGUACCUCCAGUUAAUGAGGAGACUGUAAUUUUUAAAACUGAUCGACAGGCAGCAGGAAAGAUAUUUGAGAUAUUUGGACCUGUUGCACAUCCAUUUUAUGUAUUACGGUUUAAUUCUUCAGAGCAUAUUGAAAAUAAAGGUAUUAAAAUAAAGGACACUAUGUAUUUUGCUCCAUCAAUGAAAGACUUCACCCAGUAUAUAUUCACAGAGAAGCUUAAACAGGAUAGGGGAUCAGAUGCAUCAUGGAAGAAUGAUCAAGAACCACCACCAGAGGCCUUGGAUUUCAGUGAUGAUGAAAAGGAAAAAGAAGCCAAACAGAGGAAAAAAUCUCAGAUUCAAGGUCGGAAAAAAUUCAGAUCUGAAUUUAAUGAACCUGGUGAAGAUUUUGCAGAAGUACAUCACAAUUGGAAUGUUCAUAGCUCUGCUUCAGAGCAUUCCAAAGGAUAUCAUAACAGAGAAUUCACAAGAGGAUUUUCCCAGGGUAGAUAUCCUCAAUCUUGCCCUGGCAGGCCCCCACCUCCACAGUUUUAUAAUGCAGAACACAUGGUCCCUCAGGACCCUUCAGGAUUUGUGCCACAGAGACAGGAUAGCCCCAUGAUGCCACAGUAUCCCUUCCCUCCUCCAGGGUUUGACAUACAUAACUUCUCCCUCCCUCCCCCCCCACCCCCACCUCCUGCCUCUGCAAACAUGGGCUGGGCUGCCCCUGCUGUGGCCCCUCACCCGAUAAUCCCCCUGCCCUACUCCCUAGCCCCACCUCCGCCCCCCCCACCCCUGCCUCUGCCCUCCUCUUCUGGAGAUAGUAAUUCUGCUCAUUUUGGACCUUACUAUUAGGUUGAUCUGAUCUGAUCUGAUACAUUCCUGAGAAAUGUGGACUUUUAUGUACAUACAUGCAUAUAUAUGUGGAAGCAUUUUUUAAAAAGAGAUUAUAGAGCUAGAUUUUUAAAGCAUUGUAAAUUAAAAAAUAGUUCCUUCAGUUUUAGGUUGAUAUGUAUUGUAACCUUUAUGAAAAUUUAAUGUUAAACUUGUGGUGGGGAAUCCAAUUAUGUAAUAUUUAAUUAAUUCUUUGAAUCUUGCCUAAUUAAAUAGUAUGCCUCAAUUUAAUAAUCUGGGGCACCUUUCAUCAUGGAUUAAAAUAUAUUGACCAUACUGAUUAUCUUCUUGGUAUAUCUGAAAAUAAAAUGUUAAGUCCUAUUGAGAGCCUUUAAAAUAAACUAUUUUUAUAAAUAUA